AUGAGGAGGGACACCUCGUCAAAGCCUGCCCGAACGGAGGGAUGGCUGCUGGCACUGCCACCACAGAGACAGGGGGAGGAGGGACAGAACCAGGAGAGUAAUUGUACUGAGGUGCGGCGGGAGAGUGAGAGUGGUGUUGGUGAAGGUGGGGAGAUGGUGGCUGAGGAGACAGGUGAGUUGGGUGGAAGCACAGGGGGAGCAGGUGAGGGGAGUGAAAACUGAGAGGAGACAGGUAAGGUAGGUGAAAAUAGAGAUGUGAUAGGUAAGGGUAGUGAGAGCAAACGGGAAACUUGUGAGGUGGAGGAAAACAAAAAGGAGGCAGGUGAGGUGGGUGGGACAGGUGAGGCAGGCAAGGUGGCAGGUGAAGUAUGUGCGGGCAGUGCAGAGGCUGAGGCUGUUGUCAUGAAGACCUGUGUGUCUGAGAGGGGGCCUGUUCCUGAUAAGGGUUACCGUAAGUGUGAGAACGUGCCCAGUGCUGAGUGGGGGCAGUAA